UUUAUUAUGUGUGGACACCAACUUGAAAGAUCUGUUCAUGAAUCCGUUCGCUCUCUUCUCGAUCUGUUGAAAAAUCACACGGGGAAGAGAAGGAAAAAGGGAAGAGGAUGCACGAUUUCUGCUUGACGAUCCCGUACGGUCUCCUCCUGGUGAUCGGAGGACUCAUCGGAUACUUCAAGAAGAAGAGCGUCGCCUCCCUCGCCGGCGGCGUCGGCACCGGCUUCCUCCUCCUCGUCGCCGGCUAUGUGAGCCUCAAGGCCUUCGAGAAGAGGAAGAACUCCUACGUCGCUCUCAUUCUCGAGACCGUUUGUGCUGCCGUGCUUACCUUCAUCAUGGGACAGCGCUACCUCCAGACAUCUAAAAUCAUGCCAGCGGGUAUUCUUGCUGGAAUAAGUGCUCUGAUGACCGGGUUUUAUAUCUACAAAAUUGCGACCGGAGGCAACCAUUUCGCAGCCAAGCCUGAGUGAUGGCAUCAGUGAUUAGCACUCAUACUUGGAAAAUUGAAGGUCUUGACUGAAAAUUACCGGGUGUAACUCUUGUUUUUUUUUUUUUUUUUUUUUUGCAAAGGUGCAAGAGAGAUCUUUCCUUUGGAUGAAUCCUGGUUUAUAAUCCACGGCAUUAGCCUUUAGGGUGUCUCGGUCAAUUGUAAGGACUCAUUUUAGCGUUUUAUUGUACAAGGAAUGAAAGUGUGAAAAGGGAGUUUGGCU